AUGUGUAACUUCCAAAAGUUUUUUCCGUUUUUCAAGGCCGCGGCGGCGAAGGCGACCCCGGGGACACUGAUGGCACUCUUUUUUGACGUCGACUCCGAUGCUACGCCGCUCGUGGCCAAGCCGCGGCGCUCCGUGUGGACGCCGCUCGCCCUCGUGGGCGCGGCGGCCGGCCUCUGCACACUGCUCGGCGCCCCCACCAUCGGCCUCCUCCUCCUCUCUGCCAAGGGCGGGAAUCGGCCGGUGUCCAUCCAAGUGUUUGGCGAAUCCGCCUGCCCGGACACGCGCGACUUCUUCCUCGGCCCGCUUCCCAUCGCCGUGGCCGCCUUGGGCGACGCGGCCCAGGUGGAGUAUGUCGGCUUUGGCAAUGCCUAUUACGACACGUGGGCUGGCUCCGUCCCUGCCCCCUCCGGCUGCAACAGCUCCGCCGCGUGCCGCUACAACGCGACGACGCGGGACAGCUUCUUCAACGCGUGCGGGGCUGGCUCGAAACACCCUCCCUCCUCGUGUUUCGAGGGCUCCCCGAGGUGCCAGCACGGCGCGAGCGAGUGCCUGGCCAACCGCGUGCAGGCCUGCGCCGAGAUGAGUGCACCGUUUGCCGCGUGCUACUUCGCCGCGCUCGAUGGAAAGACGCCGUCGCUGGGCGCGUGGAAGGCCGGCAGUCCGCCCGAGGACAUCCUCGCCGUCGGCAAGAAGUGCGCCGCAACCGUGGGGCUCAAGUGGCGCAAGGUCGAGUCCUGCAUCAACGGCACGCGCGGCGACGAGCUGGUCGAGGCUGCCGCCGCCCGGACUCCGACGCAUGCGGGCGUGCCCUACGUGCUGGUCGACGGCAAGGAACUCAAGGAGACGGACGACGCGGCGGCCAUUGUCCGCGCGGUGUGUGCCGCGGUUCCCGGCGGAGGCCCUGCGGUGUGCAACGCUGUGCCUUUCAAGCUGCCGCCGCGGACUGAGGAAGAGCGGCAGCGGGCCGAGCAGGAGCGCGAGCGCGAGGAGCAGCGGGCCGAGCAGGAGAAGCAGCGGGCCGAGCAGGAGCGCGAGCAGGAGAAGCAGCGGGCCGAGUACGAGCGCGAGCGCCAACAGCAGCGGGCCGAGCAGGAGAAGCAGCGGGCCGAGCAGGAGCGCGAGCGCCAACAGCAGCGCGCCGAGCAGGAGGCGGAGCGCGCCAAGCUGGAGCGCGAGCGCGAGAAGCGGCAGGCGGAGAAGGAGCGCGACAAGACCGGCCCCUCGAACUGCGAGCACCCGCGCGACUGGUGCAACGAGAAUGAGGCGAAGUGCACGGAUUGCGGCGGCACUUUCUGGACGGCUGAGCAGAUCGAUGACUUCGAGCGCCGCAAGGACGAAAAGAAGGACCAAGACACGAGGCACGGCGACGACAGCAAGGACGACGACGCCGACCGCGAGCACGAUGACGACGAUGUUGCGGAGAAGAGCGACUCAGACGACGACAGCAAGCACCACCAUGACCACCACGACGCGGACGACGCCGACGACGCCGACGCGAAGCACGACGACGCCACGGACUCGGACAAGGACGACAAGAAGGACGGCGACGACGUUAAGCACGACGACGGCAGCAAGGACGACGAGCGCGCCAAGGAUAGCGAUGAGUCGGACAAGGCUUGAGAAUGCUCAUCUUGCUUCUUGGUGCGGAACAUUGUUUACCCACUGCAUCUCCGCGGCUCCGCUCCCGCCGGCGCGGAACAGCGCGGCUGUGCAGAACUGAUGCGAUGCGCGCUCAGCGCGAGCUUGCGCCAUCGCGCGCAUCGCGCAUGUGGAGUGGUGUGUCGCUUGUGACGGCCGCUCGCUCCUCUGCCCGGUGCCCGCGCGCUUCGACACCCAGUUCACUUGAGUGUUGAGUCUUGACCAGCAGCAGGAGCACGGCACCCGGCGCCGCGUGUUUCACUGUUCGCUUGCCAUCUAUAAUAUGUCUAAUGAGUAGUGUCACAAGU